AUCAGAUUUCACGACAAUGUCGUUUGGACGCGAUUGCGUGGAGUCGGGCGGCGGUGGCGGGGAGUACUACUUCACGGAUGCGCUUGGCACGAAAUGGACCAUCCCAUAUGACCAGGACUCCCUCACAGUCCAGUUUGAUCCGGAGACGCGUCGCGGGUUUGCGUUCCGCCCGUCUGAGGGCGCGGGCUCGUACUGGUAUCUCUCGCUCACGGGCGCGACGGGCAUUGCGUGUCAGCACUUUGGGGCCGAGGACGACGCCGUGCGCUCGUGGUACCUGCGCGACGCGACAGACGGCGGCAACGGCUACUACAGCACGUGGGGCGUGCCGCGCGGGACCAACGUUCCAACCAUGAUCCUGAAGAUGGAAUACGCACACUGCUCCCCAGAUGACGUGAACCAAGGGGUGUGCACCCAUCCCGUGCACCUCGGAAGUUGCUCCUCGUACCGCAUCCUGUGCUUCCCGUAACCGAUGGUGCUGGUGGCCACCUUGUCGCUGCCCUCGUAUGAUCCCAUGCUCACGCCCCACACACCCUCACACACACAUGCGGUGUGCCAUGUUGGAGUUGUUUACUGGAGCUGUCUGACCCAUGGCUCCCACUCGCUCGUUUGAACCGUCCUAGUUGCUCGGGGACACACACGUUGAAGUGCAAUGCAAUGCAAUGGUGCGCGCAAUGCAAAGAUAGACAGCCUGACCGACAGGCUGACAAGAUAGUCACGCAGAUAGACAGACAGACAGACAGACAGACAGAC